AUGGCAUCUAAGGGCAAAGAAUCAGAGAAGGUUGGUAGCAUGGAUUUUGUCAAUAUAUUUCUGCGAGCGGAAGUUGAGAGGCCUUUGACCGAUCCUCAAAGGGAUGAGUUCGAGGACAUGCUGCGUGCUCUAACUUUAGAAAGGAGUCAAAUAAAAGAAGCUACGGGCUUCGCCUUAGAUAAUGCAGAUGCAGCUGGAGAGGUUGUUGAAGUUCUGACUGAGUCCCUGAGCCUGAAAGAGACAUCAAUUCCGACUAAAGUUGCUAGACUCUAUGCUUAUGCUGGUCUGGCAAUAGGGAAAGGCGCUGCGAGGCAAGAGCUGAUGGAUUUACCAGUUUCUGAGCUUGAGAGACGCUGCCAACACAACGUACUGUCUCUUGUAGGGGGUAGAGUAGUGAUGGUUGCUCGGCUGCUAAGCCUUGAAGAUACAGAGAAAAAACGUGGAUAUGAAGUAGUAGAUUAA